AUGUCUAAAUUACCAAGGGCUUUAAAUUUACACUUAAAUCAUCAACAAAAUGUCAUACCUUUAAUCAAUAUACAUCGUCAACCAAAACAAAUCAUCCCAUUUCCCUCACAAACUAAUCAAUUGAUACCCAAAACCUCAAACAAACACACUAAAUUACAGACCUCAUUACAUUCGUCGUGGAUGCCAUCUUCAUCAUAUUUAAAAUUCCAAAAAUCAUUACCGCUCAAAAAUUCACCCGAAUUAACACCAGAAGAUAAACAAGAAUUACAACGUAAAAUCAAUUUAUCAAAUUUAAUAAAAAAUCUCAAAACUCAACUCCCAAAUAUUUUAGAAAAUAACUUAUCAAAAGAUAUAAUAUCUUCAAAAAUAUAUCUACGAAUAUGUCCAUCACAAUUUGAUGAAAAUUAUUUACCAAAAUUACAAGGUUAUUUAACUUAUUAUAGUACAUGUAAAGCAAUUCAAUUAUUUAUAACAUCCAUAAUAUUAUCACCAAAAGUAAAAUUACAUUUAACAAAUAUUAAAAUUGCAGACAAGAAUCAACCGGAUUCAAAUUGUAUGUUUCCCAAUUCAACAAAAUUAUAUAUAAGAUGGAAUACAUGUAUACCAAAUUGUAUUGAACAUUUAGGUUUAAAUCAAUCAACAACUCAAGCAAAUUUUGGAUCUCAUAAAUGGUCAAAUGAAGAUACAAAAAACUUAUUUCUGAAUAAUCAUAAUUUAUCAAAUUCAAAAAACCAAGAAGAUUCAAGUAUAAAUUUAAAUCUUAGUAAAUUUAUUGGAAAAAUUACGAGAACUUUAUUAUCAGGUAGUAAAUUAACUAAUAAUCAUUCACAAGAAAAUCAAAGCGAUAAGGAGGAUAGUUCAAAAAGUAAUAAAGAAUUAGAAAGAGUUAUUUAUGGAUUAUUUAUAUUUGAAUUAAAUGAAGAUUGUAAUCAAAUUUUAGUUCAUACAAUUGAAAAUAUGGAUAUUGUUGAAAGAUUUGAACCUGAAGAAGAACUGAGUCAAGUAAAUGGAUUAAGAGUUUGUUAA